AUGGAAGGCUCCUUACUCUUCAGAGGAACAGAAUCCUGCUGGAUGUCUCUUUGUAGCUUUGGUAUCCCUCUGCAUUGGACAGUGGCACUUGAGAACUCAUCUCCGCUGACUCAGAAACUGAUGCUGCUACUACAAGCACUGAUGGUGCCCCACCUCAAAGCAGCCUGGAAGAAAGUCCUCAGAUCAUUAGUAGGGUGGCAGAAAGGUAAAGAGCCUGACUGAGUUCUGCUAUGAAGGGACGGGGCAAUGCAAGGUGGGUGUAAUUGCUUGUGUGGUCGUCCCCCCCCCAGGAGGCGAUCUGUUCCAGAGGUGAGUAGAUGUUUGAAGACCAAAAGUAUUGUGCUUCCUUUCUUUGUCUUUCAGAGUGA